AUGGGUAUCGCGCAAGGAAGUUGAACAAGACUAGAUAAGGGAGCUAUGAUACAUGGUGGAAGGCGCACUCGAGCGUGUCGCGUGUUGACGCUUCUCCUCCCUCACAUACCGCUCGAUUGGGGUUGCGGCGGGUCCAUCGUCACUGCCGCGGCGAACGUCAGGGUUCAUGCGCUAGCGCCGACUCCACCAAAAUUUUGUGACCAUCCGGCGCAAGCCAGUCCAACAACCACCUCAACAUCCGCCAUGGCAGGCACCAAGGACAAGAAGCGCACCAACGGCGUCAAACGCGAGCUGAAUGCGACGAGCGAGCCGCCCACCAAGAAGGCCAAGUUGCUCGACAACACCGACGACGAGGGCUCCGACAGCGAUCAUGGCGGAGUGUCGCUCAAGGUUAACGAGGAAUACGCUCGCAAAUACGAGCACAACAAGAAGCAGGCGGAGAAAUUCCGACUAGAGGAAAAGUACGGCAAGGACAAAGCGUUCGAAAACGGCGGCGACGAAUCCGAAGACUCUGAAGAAGGCGUGGAAGAGGAUGAUGCAGCCGAACUGCUCGAUGAGGAACUAGACCAACAGGUCAAUGCUACUCUCCAGGCUUUGCGCGCAAAAGAUCCUCGCAUCUACAACAAGGAAGCCAAAUUCUACAAGGAACUCGAGGACGGCCAAAAUGACGCAGAUGCAAAGAACAAGGAGCCGUCAAUGACGCUACGAGACUACCAUACCAAGAAUCUACUUGAGGGAAAGUUCACAGUUGAAGACGAGGACGAGGAUGCGCCGCCCAAGACAUACGCACAGGAACAGGAGGAUGCUAGGCAGGAUCUCGUCAAGGCGCUCAAGGAUGCAGAUGAGGAAGAAGAUGAUGACUUUAUCGUCGCGAAACAGAAACCAGAGAAGUCCAAGAACGACCGAGUCAAGAUCACUGCCGAAGAUGUCGAGAAAGCUGACCAAGACCCCGAGACGUUCUUGUCCAAUUUCAUGGCAUCUCGCGCUUGGGUGCCUACACAAUCUGCCCGCUUCCAACCCCUCAUGUCCGACGACGAAGAAGAAGACGCUGCUGCCGAUGAAUGGGAGAACUCAUACAACCUAUACUUUGAGGACACAACUGGCGCAAAUGAGAAAAUCAUGACCUACGCGCGUGAUGCCGUUGCAAGCACUACAGUCCGCCGAGAUGAUAAGACCGGUCGGAAGAAGGCUCGUGAAAUGGCCAGGGCAAAGAGAGAAGCCGAAAAGAGAGAGAAGGAGCAAGACCUUGCACGUCUCCGGAAGCUCAAGGUCGAAGACAUGGAGAACAAGGUCAAGCAAAUUCGCCAGAUCGGAGGUCUCAGCGGCAGGGAUUUCAAGAUAGAGGAGUGGAAGGAUGUGUUGGAAGCCGACUGGUCAGACGAGCAAUGGGAUGCUGAGAUGCAGAAGCGCUUUGGCGAUGCAUAUUACGGCGAGGCUGGCGCCGAAGACGAGGAAGAUGGCGGCAAAAAGAGCAAGAAGCCUAAGAAGCCCAAGUUUGACGAUGAUAUCGACAUCAAAGAUCUCGUCCCUGACUUCAAGGAUGACUCUGACGAAGAGCGACCCGACCUUUCAUCAGACGACGACAUGCCCGAUGCCGGAGCAGAGGACGGCGACGAAGAACAAGAAGAAGCAGAGGCUGGUGCAUCAUCCAAGAAGUCCUCUAAGCAGCGGAAACAAGAACGUGCAGAAGCCAAAUCCACCGCCCGUCGCGAUCGCCGCCUAAUAGAAAACCUCGUCAACCAAAACCUUGAAUACGAGGCAGCACUUGCUUCCAAGCCCUCCAAGGCCGCCUCCCGCUUCCGCUAUCGCGAAACGUCCCCCACGAGUUUCGGUCUGACUGCGCGCGACAUUUUGCUCGCAGAUGACAAGGCGCUGAACGAGUUUGCUGGACUGAAGAAACUAGCAGCGUUCAGAGAUCCCGUUAAGAAGAAAAAGGAUAAGAAGUUCCUCAGUAAGAAGGCGCGUAUCAGGCAAUGGAGACAAGACACGUUCGGCGAUCCGGACGGACCCAAGGGUGGGUUUGAGGCUCUGGUCGGCGAAGAAGAGGCUGCUGCUCCCUCUGGGCGUGAUAAUGGCAAGGACGGCAACAUUGUCGAAGGCGAGAAGAAAAAGAAGAAGAGGAGUCGCAAGAGGAAGGCUGCUGCUGUGGAAGCAUGAUGUUUUCUCUAGCUAGUCUACUUGUAUACCACUGCUUUACCAACUUGAUCCUUUUCGAGCGCA